CAACCGCGAAUGAACAGAAGAAGAAGAAGAAGCAGAAGAAGAAGAAGAAGAAGAAACAGUCUCCACGCACUGUGCCCUUAUUCACUCUCUUAGCGGUGAACCUUCUGAGUGGGAGGCGGUAAAGCGCCUAAAGCUGGUCUGCCAACUGCCAAUAAACAGAAGAGAAUAAGACAACGUCACCACUAGCACCCUCACACUCACUUUUUCUCAGCAUUGAGUCUUCUGAGACCUGAUGGAGGAGAAAGAGGAAGGUAAAUAACCAAAUUAGGUGGAAGAGAAACAUCAUCAUGUCAAAACUGAAGAAAUCGUUUUGUUGCUCACUGAAAAGAAGAGCCAAAGAAUCUUUCACCUGCCCUCAGUGUGGAAAGAGUUUCCCAUCCAAAAAAAGUCUUAAACCUCACAUGAAAAUCCACACUGGAGAGAAACCGCACACAUGUGAUCAGUGCAGGAAGAGUUUUGCACGAGCAGACACACUUAAAUUACAUCUGCAUUCUCAUUCUGGAGAAGGACCGUUUAACUCUGAUCAAUGUGGCAAAAAAAAUCUUAGGGCAGAAAACCUGAAGAGGCACCUGAAAGUUCAUACAAAGAAGAAGCUUCACGUGUGUUCUCUGUGUGGAAAGAGUUUUACCCGGCUGGAUAAUUUAAAAUUACACUGGAAAAGACACAACGGUGUGAAGGAUCACAUUUGCUUUGAUUGUGGGAGGAGCUUUACUAGAUCUGAUGCAUUGAAAGGGCACCAAAGAGUUCACACUGGAGAAAAACCUUACAAGUGUUCACACUGUGACAAGAGAUUCAGUCAGACUGGGACUCUGAAAAUACAUGUGAGGACCCACACUGGAGAGAAGCCUUACAAAUGUGAUCAAUGUGGUAAAUGUUUUACACAAAAAGGAAGCUUUAAUGAUCACCUGAAAAUCCACACUGGAGAGAAGCCUUACAAAUGUGAUCAAUGUGGUAAAUGUUUUACACAAAAAGGAAGCUUUAAUGAUCACCUGAAAAUCCACACUGGAGAGAAGCCGCACACAUGUGAUCAGUGCGGGAAGAGUUUUGCACAAACAAAAACUCUUAAAUUACAUCUGCGUUCUCAUUCUGGAGAAAGACCAUAUAACUGUGAUCAGUGUGGCAAAAAAUUUCUUCGGCCACAAAACCUGAAGAGGCACCUGAAUGUUCAUACAAAGCAGAAACCUUGCAUUUGUUUGUGUGGAAAGAGUUUUUCUCGAAUGGAUUAUUUAAAAUUACACCAGAGAAGUCACAGUGGUGCAAAGGAUCAUAUGUGCUUUGAUUGUGGAAACACUUAUACAACAGCAGCUGUAUUGAAUCGGCACCAGAGAAUUCACACUGGAGAAAAACCUUACAAGUGUUCACACUGUGACAUGAGAUUCAGUCAGACUGGAAAUCUGAAGAAUCAUGAGAUGAUCCACACCGGAGAGAAGCCGCACACGUGUGUUCAGUGCGGGAAUAGUUUUACACUAAAAGGAGCCCUUAAGUCACACAUGAAAAUCCACACUGGAGAGAAACCAUACUCAUGUGAUCAGUGCGGGAAGAGUUUCAGACAUGCAUACACUCUUAAAAUACAUCUGCGUUCUCACUCUGGAGAAAGACCAUAUAACUGUGAUCAAUGUGGUAAAAAAUUUCCUAGGGCAGAACACCUGAAGGUCCACCUGAAAGUCCAUACAAAGGAGAAGCCUUACAUGUGUUCUUCAUGUGGAAAGAGUUUUAGUCAGCUGGGUAAUUUAAAAAUUCACCAGAAAAGACACAGUGGUGUGAAGGAUCACAUGUGCUUUGAAUGUGGGAAGACCUUUACUGCAGCUGUGACAUUGAGAAAGCACCAGAGAUUUCACACUGGAGAAAAAACACAUGAGAAGGCCCAAAGUGGAGAGAAGCCUUUUACAUGUGAUCAGUGUGGGAAAAGUUUCACUCAGUUAGGAUCGCUACACCGUCAUACUAAAAACAGCUGUCUGAAAUUAAAGUAGUUCAAGCUCAUUUAAAGUGUGUUGCUGCGUCCUCACCAAAUAUGACCCAAUAACACAUUGAGUAAUAAAAGCUCUCUUUCAUAUAAAUCUGUCCCAACCAGCCUCAUUAAAACAUCAUUAGUAUAAGUUGUUACAUUGAACAAAUUUCAUCUUUAAG